AAAAUUAUUCAUAACACAAUCAAUACUGAUAGUUAAUUGUUGAUCUAAUUUUGUAAUCAAGCUUCGAGAUGAAAAUGUUAUUACCCCCUUGCUUUUUAGUCAUCUUUUCCAUGUUAAUUGUAACUAUUAAUUGUUACAAAGGUUUCACCGUCUCUGGUCGUGACAUUAUCGAUCCCAAUGGUAAGGUAUUCAUGAUGCGAGGAAUCAAUCAUGGCCAUGCUUGGUUCAAGGACGAUAUCGAAAGUGCUAUCGCUUCAAUCGCUGCAACUGGCGCUAAUAUUAUCCGAAUCGUACUUGCCAAUGGUAAAAAAUGGGCCAAAGAUGAACCUGAAUCUGUCCGAAAAAUGAUUUCUCUCUGUGAAAGCCACAAACUUAUCGUAAUGUUUGAUGUCCACGAUGCUACUGGAAGCGAUAAUCUUCAAGAUCUUAAGGAUGCCAUCGCUUACUGGAAAGAGCUUAAGGACAUUAUCGUUGGUAAAGAGGAUCAAGUUAUUAUCAACAUUGCCAACGAAUGGUAUGGAAGUUGGGACUCAUCGGGCUGGGCCGAAGGUAACAAAUAUGCUGUUCAAGAGCUUCGAAAUUUUGGUUUUGAACAUUUGAUUGUCGUAGACGCUGCUGGUUAUGGACAAUAUCCCCAAUCCAUUUUCGAGAAGGGAAAUGAAGUUUUCCAAGCCGAUCGACUUGCUCGAACUGUACUUUCUAUUCACAUGUACGAAUAUGCUGGUGGAGACUCAGCCAAUAUCAAGAGUAACAUCGACAAAUCCCUUCAAAUGUCAUUCCCCGUGAUUCUUGGUGAAUUUGGUGACCGAUUACCUCAAGAAAAGCCAACCGAUGUUUCAACAAUCCUUAGUUACGCUCAAGAAAAGAAAAUGGGUUGGAUAGCCUGGUCUUGGUACGGAAACAGUGGAACUGAUGUCGCUCUCGACAUGACCAAUGGUCCAUCAGGAGGCUACACUUUGACCGCUUUCGGUGAUCAAGUUGUCAACCAAGCAAAUGGUAUUCGACAAACUUCAGUUAAACCCAUAAACUGAAGGGCAAAAGAAUUUCAUUCUUCGACUAAUUAACAAAUCUUACAAUCUUCCACUAAAUUAGUGAAUAAAAUAGCAUUAAAAUAAAGAAUUAAUUUCAUUGAAUUUAUAUAAUCAGUUUGAUAGCUUUUCUCCCUAAACUUAUUUAUCUAAUUGUUCAAAAAUUGUUUUAAGAAAACUGAAAUGACAUUGAAUUAAUCAUUAAUAAGAUGAUUACGUUAAAAGUUUAUGAGCUGUGCUUUACAGAUCAAUGUAGCUGACCAGUUCAAGGAAUGACUAUAAACUUAUGGACGUACUUGUCAAUUAAUAUGAUAUAAUAUGAACAAUUUUCUCAAAUUGUUACAAUCGAUGACUUUUCCAUUGAAAAUGAUCAAUCGUAUAUCCUGAAUAUCCUAAGAUGGUCAUUGAUAACAUCGAAUCUUUUCGUCAACGAUAUUCACGCCAAUCUUGCCGACGAAAGUACAGUUCGACCAAGUUCAAGACCAAUACUCUUGUGAUCCAAUUCAUUCAGUCUCAUUUCAAUCAUUCGACCUGCUAAUCAGAUGCUUAUUCAUACCAACCCAGCUCUGAACUUUUUCACAAGAACUUUCUUAUCACCUUAUAAUUCAGAGUCUUUAUUAACCAUUAUCUCCGAUUGUGUCAGUAACUGAAAACCAUUCUAGUGGAUUCAUUCAUCAUUUAACAACAAUUGAUUGAAUCAAAAUCAUAAUCAAGAUACAAAUAAAAAUAAAAAUUAAUUGUAUAAAUAAAAAUCUAAUGAUAAUAUUUUCCAAUCAAUUUUCAUACUUUAGUUUCUCACCAAGAACUUAAUACAUGUAAAUGUAUAACGAUACAUUCAAGUGAACACAUACUCUUUACAGCAAUCAAACAAUUCGCAAAGCAAUGAUCGCUCACAAUCAAUUACAAUCAAGUAAAUUGUUUAAAAAAGUCAAACUCCAACCAAAAAGUUUCCUCAAUGAAAAGGUAAACAUUUUUUUUUGAAUUUUCUUUUUCUUGACUAACAACAAGUGAGUCAGUUGCUUGUUGCCUCUUCCAACGGACACUUAACCUUUUUCAAUGUGAUUUCUAUUCUCAGGUUAUUUCCAUUGAGAGAAUGUAAUUGAAGGAUUUAAAGAGAAUCACCAAGGAUUAAUAGAGUUUAAUUGGAAUCGUCGUUAAUUUCUGUGAGUGGAUUAACUGUAACAAAGGAAUUGUUUUCUCUCUCUCUCUAAUCCAAUACCCACACCCAACGCAACUUAUUCACUUGAAUGGUAAAUGUAUCUAUACAUACAAUCGGAUUCUAUUCGUUAACUAUACACAUUGGAUCAUUUGUCUUGGACCUAAAUUUCAAUUCUAAUUAAUACAAUUAUCGCCUGCAUUGUUCAUCCAGCCAUCAUUAUCAUCG